GCAUACCCAAAAUGAAGUCUGCCUUCCCAAUCCCAUCUGCCUUUUUAGAGAAAAUUUGGAUCUUUCUGACCUCAUUUCCCAAAAUCACAACUCUCUCCCAGUAGCUGUUGGAUUUGACAUGGACCCACUAGCCUAUAACAAUACAGCUAAAUUUAUCAUCUCAUUCUAGUGUCAUUGGCCACCACAACCUCUCUUUUUCUCUAUAUCAAAAGAGAAAUAAUGCAUGGCAAUAUGGAUUGUUGUUUUGCAUAAAAGACAUGGGAAGCCCAACUGCACAGGACUGACAAGACUCUCUCUCUCUCUCUCUCUCCACUACUUCCUUAUCUCUCUCUCCCCAAAGGUUUGGUACAAUCCGAAGAACAAAAAUUUAGAAAAGUGAGAGAAAAACCAGACACUGGUUCUGAUCCCUUUAUCAGGGUUGAACAAAAAAAUCAUUGGAGUUAUGGGCACCCAUCAGCAGGAAAAGACCAGAGAAAAAGCUGUAGGAACCAGGCAUGAAGAAGAGAGACUAAAAGUGGAAGGAAUUGGAAAAGAAUUAAGGCAGGCAGCAGCAAAGCAAGUGCAGCAACCAAGUACAGCUCCUGCCUCACCACCUUCAGCUUCCUCCUCUCCCUCUCAUGAUUUUUCCUUCACAAUCUCUCUCCACUCUUCUUCCACAUCAAUCCCUGAUCAUCAUAACAAGGCCAAAUCCACCCCACCUUCUUUUGCUAUUGAUUUGUCCCCUGCAGAUGACAUUUUCUUCCAUGGCCACUUGCUUCCUCUCCAAUUGCUCUCUCACCUUCCUGUCUCUCCUCGCUCAUCAACCAACUCCCUGGACAGCUUCACUCUUCCCAUCAAAGACUUAUCAGAUGAUGAUCAGAGACCAACCAAAGAAAGCAACAACAAUGCUAACAACUGCAGCACCAGCAUUGGCAGGAACAAGAAUAUCAUCAACAAGAAGAACAACAGCUGCAGCAGCAUAAACCAGAUAAGCCCACAUCACAGCAACAAAAGUGAGGCAAGGGGAAGAACAAAGUCCAAGUCUUUCUCAUUAUUCGGGUUACCAAAAUGGCGAAAAGAUUGUGAAGACAGAGAAAAAGAAGACAAGGAGAUGAAGCACAAGAGGAAGAUGAGGUUUGAUGUGAGCCAUAUACUAAAGAGGUAUGUGAGAAUGGUCAGGCCACUAUUGUUAUUCAGAGGAAGAAAAGAGAAGGGCCAAUUCCGGAGGCAACCUUAUUCAUUUUCGGGCAAUCUAAGCUUGAGAAAUAAGCAUGAGCUGAGAGGAAGGAGAGGAGAGCUUUCAGCCCCAGCAUCAAUGAGAACAUCUCCAACAAAUAGUGGCCUUCUUGUUGCAACAUCAGCAACUAAUCUUCCUUCUUCCACCAUUGACAGCACCAUGGAAGAGUUGCAGGCAGCAAUUCAAGCUGCAAUUGCUCAUUGCAAGAAUUCCAUUGCCAGUGCCACAGAAGAGAAGAUCAAAUGCUACGAUUAGAUAGGAAGGGGAAACAGGGGAAAUUUUUUAUGUUUUACAUAUUAUUUGCAAAUUAGGUGGAUUUCAUAUAUAUAUAUAUAUGAAGAAGAUGUAUUUAAUCAGUUGAAAGAAUAUUUCAAUA